CAUCGUCGCGAUCGUUAACGUCGGCAACAUCUCAUACACCUACCUGUAUCACCUCUUCUACUAAACAAUGGUGGUCCUUCUAUCGACUAACGAUCGGUUCCCAGGAUGGACCCUCCUAGCGACUCUCCUGUGCCUUGCAGGAGCUGGUCUGUAUUGUCCAACACUGUUCAUGGCUGUCAUACAGACCAAGGACCUUUUCCAAAUGGGAGGCAGACAACUUUCAACAGAUUUUGACUUGCUAGUGGAGAUCAUAAAGUGGGCAUCUGUUGGUCUGUCUGCCUGGAUGGGCCUGAUGAGUCUGGUGUUCCUGUGUGUGGGGUGCAUGGCCAAAAAUGUCACCGAUGUCAGGUCUUCCAGAGGGUACGACUCAAAUGUGCGGGGAGGGAUCUGCAACGGAUUUACUAUCGUGAUCACGUACCUGUUGUUCCUGUUGUGGCUGGGCGUGUCCUGUUUCUCGGUGCUUCCCGUCUUCCUAUUCUAUCUGACUGCGCACGUCGCAGUCACCAUCAUGGGCACAUCUGGAGGAUGUAUCAACCUCAAGCAGUUUGAUCAACUUUUCCUGCUGUAUGUCCUGGCCCUGGUUGGAGCACUACUUGUCACCCUCAGCAUGGUGCAUUUCCUGAUGGCCCAGGCCGCCAACUUUGUCCACAUCAGGGAGUCCCGCGAAGCUCUGAAGUACGAGGACACCAAGAAGAAGGAGGAACAGGAACUCAACAUCAUCAUGAACUCACGACAAAACCUCGCUGGGAAUUGGUAGGACAUACUGGAAACCCCUAUCACAGCCCCAAGUUUGCUACAGUUAAAAAAAGAUUGGAAAUCACUUUUCGAUUUCAUCAGAAACUUUACAAAAAAGUAUUUCAGAAUUCAAAGGCCUCUGUCUAAGAAAUUUUCUUUUUUUUAAAAGAGUUUUGAAUACUAAAAUAUCUGAGAAAAAAACUGCUUUUUGAGAAAUAAGGAAAAAAGUGAGACUGAAUAUCAACAAAGAGAAGUAAAGGAGAUUCGAAGAGUAAAAUGUUCAAAACCCAUAGAAAAUAAUCAUUAUCAUUUAUCAUUUAUUUAAGAGUAGCUCUCCAAGUAAUACUACAACAUACGCUGGAACUAUUCAGUAUAAUUGUUCCUUCCGAACAACAGUGAAUAGAUCAGGACUAUUCAAAACAUUUACCUCACAAAUAUUUAACUCUAUUUAAGCCCUCUAGAUAGAGAGUUGCAAAAUCUUCCGCAGAAACUCUUGCAGUGUAUUACCCAUAUCUCAUUAU